AUGGCUUGUCUGGUGGGCGGUGAUGAAGACGGGCAGGUGAAAAGUGAAGUCGGAAGCUCAGUGCAGAAGAUCACAUUUCUCUACAACUUCGUGCCUUCUGCUUGUCCAAAGAGCUACGGCUUCAAUGUCGCCCAUUUGGCUCAAAUCCCUGAUGAAAUUAUCAACAAGGGCAUUGUGAUGGCCAAGGAGUUUGAGAAGUCUACUCUGGUUUUUACUUGUCUUCGGGACGUUCUAUCGGGAAAGAUGACUCGCGAACAGGCUCAACUUUGGCGUAUGAAAUUGGCGAAUUUGAGUCGCGAGAAGAUGUACGGUCGCUCUGACCAAAAGUGCACUUAG